AGUCAACUCCGACAAACUGUAGCGGUAGUGACGCCAAGCAACAGUGGCUGGCUGGAGGAAGCAGGGCGAGGCGGAGAAGUGCUGGUGACUCGCAGCCCGAGACGGGUGAUAGUGGCCCGGUUCCACCAUGGGCUGCACACUGAGUGUUGAGGAUAAGGAGGCGGUUGAGAGGAGUAAAAUGAUAGACCGCAACCUGCGGGAGGACGGCGAGAAAGCGUCCAAAGAAGUCAAGCUUCUCUUACUUGGUGCCGGAGAAUCUGGAAAAAGCACAAUUGUAAAGCAGAUGAAGAUUAUACAUGAAGAUGGAUACACGGAGGAAGAAUGCAGGCAAUACAAAGUGGUCGUCUACAGUAACACAAUUCAAUCCAUAAUAGCUAUAGUGCGAGCCAUGGGGAGGCUGAAGAUUGAUUUUGGAGAUGUGGAUAGAGUUGGUGAUGCCCGGCAGCUUUUUGUGUUGGCCAGUGCAGCAGAAGAAGGCGUUCUAUCUCCAGAACUUGCUGGUGUUAUUAAGAGGUUGUGGAACGAUUUGGGUGUACAGGCAUGCUUCACUCGAUCUCGGGAGUACCAGCUUAACGACUCUGCCUCAUACUACCUAAAUGAUGUAGACAGGAUUUCGGAGCCCACCUACAUUCCUACUCAGCAAGAUGUGCUGCGAACACGGGUCAAAACGACGGGUAUUGUGGAGACGCAUUUCACUUUCAAAGAUCUUUACUUUAAAAUGUUCGAUGUGGGAGGACAGAGGUCAGAAAGAAAGAAGUGGAUUCAUUGUUUUGAGGGUGUAACUGCAAUUAUUUUCUGUGUGGCACUCAGUGACUACGACUUACUAUUGGCUGAAGAUGAAGAGAUGAACCGUAUGCAUGAAAGUAUGAAGCUGUUUGACAGCAUUUGCAACAACAAAUGGUUUAUUGAAACCUCCAUAAUUCUCUUCUUAAAUAAAAAGGAUUUGUUUGAGGAGAAGAUAACUAGGAGUCCACUGACCAUCUGCUAUCCAGAAUACUCAGGUGCUAAUUCUUAUGAAGAAGCUGCAGCUUAUAUCCAAUGUCAGUUUGAGGACCUAAACAGAAGAAAGGGCUCAAAGGAGAUUUACACACACUUCACGUGUGCAACAGAUACAAAGAAUGUCCAGUUUGUGUUUGAUGCAGUCACCGAUGUGAUCAUAAAGAGCAACCUUGUUGAGUGUGGCCUGUAUUAAUCUGGAGCUUGUAGGUAGACGGUUGACUGAUUUGGAAGUCUACUUUACGGGGAUGGUCACCCUAUGCAAAAGCAAUUCCUGGCCUGCAUUCAGAGAACCCACCUCCCCAUCGUAUUAUAUAUAGAGAUGUCCUGAUGCGAGUCCUAAUGGCCUGGAUGUGUGAUCCACCUGACCUUGUUUUGAUGUUUCCAGUCUCAAUAUCUCAAGAACUGCAUACAAU